AUGAAACCUGCUUGCGUGACGGACUCUGUGAAGAAGCCGCUCAGCCUUUGUGCUAAAGAAGAAAGGGAUAUUGAGGGUAACCAGAACGCUUUUGAGGGCGCGGAAAGUGCCCUCGAAAGACCCGACUCGGUUCCUUACUUGCUCAAAGUGCUCCGCCAGUUGAUCCUCUACGUAGAGACGAAGCCUGCGCUCAUGGACGGUUCAGCAUCCUUCAUACGCGACUUUCUAAGAACGUUUUUGAUACAGACGCAGGCCGCUAGCGUGCAGGAUAGCUGGACGGGCGGUAACAACCUGCGGGAGCCGCUUUGGUUUGCAAGCGCGGGAAGCGCGUCCGGCAACGGGAUGCUCUCACCUGCCGCUGCCUCCGCUGCACACCUUGAAAUCGAAGCCAUGGACGCCGCGGAAGACUUUAUGGUUGAGGAAGGUAGCAGCGGCUUGGGGAGUGGUUCAGCAGUGCCAGAAGCCGACGGCGCCGAGGAGGCUUCGCGGGGCUCCGCGCGCGUAACCCUAGUUCGCGCACCCUUGUCGUUGAGCGCGCUGUCGUCAAGCGCGGCAGCGUCGAGCAGGUACCAAAAGGCGUCCCGUGAGACCAAGUCGUAUGUUCUCGGAAAUAGACCGACGACUAUAUCCGAUCUACCAGAUGAUACUUUGCGUCGAAUCUUCACCUACAUGAAUGGUCCUCAACUAGGGCGCGUGCGGGGCGUAUGCAAAAAAUGGUGCAAAUUUGCUUCGGACGAAAAUUUGUGGCGAAAACUGUGCUUGGAGAAUUGGCGAGCACUCGAAACCGACGCAUAUCUUUGGCGACUCUUGUUGGACUAUCACCUGAGCCAAGAAGCGCAGGCGUCCAAUCGAGAGCCCCUGGUCUCCGAGGACAGUCGAUGGCGUUUCAUGUAUCCGAUUGUGCGAUACGUACCCAAGUGGACGUGCCGGCUCCAGAAGACUGGUCGAUUCGUGUGUCGCUUGGUUGCGCACCAAAUCGGGGGACCCCUCACCGACGAGGAGAGCAUCCCGCCAGUCGUCGUCGUCGAGCGGCGUUUCAACCUCAACCAUCUGAAUGAGUUCGUGCUUCCUGAUGCAGCAGUGUUCUACUUCGAACCGGAACGCGAGGAGGAUAGGGACGGAUACCAGAACUUUAUCGAAUACCUGAUACAGCGACAUCGAGCUGGUCUUGCGCUUGACGAGGAGCGUCGGAUCAUUUUCAUCCCACCAUGCGCUUACAGUCAAAACGUUCUGCACUACAAUGGCGAGGCAUUGCUGGGCGUUGUUCAGCACUCCUAUCCACCGCUAGCGGGCUAG